AUGAAGUGGACGUAUCUUUCCCUGGCACUAGCAACGGCUUCUGCUGUUGCCCUUCCAUCGCCAAAUAUACCAGCUGAAGAGCCGAGCCCUCAGCUCCAACCAGAGGGCGGUGACGAUGAUGUUUGUUACCCUGACUGGGAGGACGAUCUCCUGAAUCUGUUACACGAAUUGCCUGGAGUAGACGAUUACUGUCGCCAUUUGCUUAUUAUUCCUCCUGUUGUCAUCACGAACACCGACUCGGCGAUUCCCAAUCCGAAAACUAUCUGGCACACAAACACAGUGACAGAUACAGAAACUUGGACUCGUACGGCUACGGACAUUGUUUGGCAAACAGUUACUGGCUCUCCUUUGACUGCUACUCAAUACGUUACUAUUACUAAUACCGAGUCAUCACCCGCCACUGUCACGGAUACGGAAUUUGCUACGAUUACAGGUUAUGUCACUGCUGAUGUUACGGAAUCUGUUUUUGAUGUAACGCAAACUGGAACGGAUUUCUUCACGAAUGUUGCCUACAAUACACAGUCGGUUUAUGUCACUGAGGCCAUAACGGAAAGAUACACAAACACUAUCACUUCCUACUCCACACUCGUUGUUACCGACUACAUUACUCUAACGCUGCCAGCCUACGUGUCAAACUAUAUUACAGAUGUGACCACUCAGACAAUCACGAACUAUCAUACAGCUACUUUGACCUUGUCUUAUACUGACACAACCACUGCGACGGAAUCGAAUAUAGAGUCAAUCACGCUAACCGUGCCCUGGACCGUGACUACAUCUCAGACGACAUUGCCUACCGUUGUCCAAACAGAGAUCGAUACCUUAUCCAGCACUGUUCCAGUCACUCAAGUCAUUGAUACUACCUCGACAGCAACUACAUUCAUCACCAAUACUUUCACUGCUACUACCACAGCCCCUACCAUUUCGACCAUGGUUCCUGUACGUCGGCAUGCACUGGGCGAACCCAAGCCUGGCUCAGAUUAUCCUAUUCCGGAAGAGUUGAAAGAUUACUCUCGCCAGGAGCUCCGCAGUGCUUGCUUUGAGUUACAUGUUCCAGCUGCCACGGAAACUGUAUGGGUGACUCAAGCUCUGCCUCGUCCCACUGUAACCAGCACCACCACCACUCAUGUUCCGGCCGAUGGUGUACAGACCGUUGUCGUCACCAAAUACGUUACUGAUUAUGUGAGCCUAGCGCAAGACCCUGUGACAAUUGCUGAAACAAAUACUGUAGACCUGACAGUAUCUUAUACUGUUACUGCUGACAUUAUCAAAACUGCCGACUUGACUCUUACAAGCACAGAAACCGACGUGGCUACUAUAACAGCGACGGAGGACCAGUGGGCGACGGUGACCGACUGGGCCACGUUCGAUGCUACGGUUGAUGCAACUUCAUCUGUUACUGUGACAGUUGAUGUCAGUGAGACUGCUUCAGUGACUGGUUGGGUCACCACCACAGCCAUACCAACCGUGACAAGCGACGUGACAGUCACCCAGCCAGUUUCGGAAACAGUAGAUGUCACAAUCGAUCAGACUGCCACUACCACAGUUGACAUUACCAACACUCAGACUGUAGCGACCACUUCCACAUCAGUGGUGACAACAACCAUCGACGUUCUUGCGAUCUCAACCUUCACUUCGACAAAAUCUGUAACUGUGGUAGUCACUGCACCAGUCACAGUCCCAACGACCGUGUAUACAACCGUUCCACUCACACAGACAGUUCAAUCAGUGUCAACCAUCGAUGUGACUAUUACCAAAACAGUUUCAUCUACGACAACAACUGUUACGCCAAGCUCUGCUUCGACAUGCGGUGUCAACCUCUUCCGAAACGGUGACUUCGCAACUGCCGGCUAUAGCUCAUGGACUGUCAAUCCCACCGGUUCACCAAAUGUUACAGUGGUAACUCCAGGAUACCAGAAUGGCCCGUCUCUUUCUAUUGGGUUGCCAAAUUCUUCAUCAUCAGUCAAUCUAAUUCAGACUGUCAAUACUGUCCCUGGAAAGGUAUAUACCUUUUCAAUGCUUUAUAAUGGGGUCAUCCGCGGCUCUGGAUCGACUAUUGUGUGCAGCUUCAGUAACGCAGCUGCUACAAGUUUAACGAUCCAACUUAAUUCCGUGGCGGCCGACCAAUGGUUCUCAAUCAGUGAAUGCGUAGGCCCUUCCUCGUCAUCAGUCACGCUCACCUGCCGUUUCCACUCGACUAACAUGGCCCAGAUAGAGGUGGAUAGCUUCAGCCUGAAAUGUUGA